AUGCCCAUUGAUCAUUUCGAUGACAGCGAUACGCGAACAUACAAGAAUCGAUAUUGGAUCAACGAUACGUUCUACCAAGAAGGCGGCCCGGUUUUCUUUUAUGAUGUUGGCGAAGGAGCCGUUAGCGAUUUACGUGUUAUCCAGUUUCUUGGCGAACAUGGAACCCGCAGUGCGCCUCUGCGACUGGCAGAGAAAUUUAACGGCAUGGCUGUUGUUUGGGAGCAUCGAUUCUAUGGGGGAAGUCUGCCAUUUCCGCUCGACAAGGACACAGGGAAGGCACUGGAAGGCUACGAUGCCUACAAAUAUCUCAACACUGAGCAGGCUCUGGAGGACACCGUGUACUUCGCUAACAAUUUCAACCCCCCCGGGUACGAAGACAGUACUUCCCUCUCACCAUCAAAUACUCCAUGGAUCUGGGUUGGAGCAAGCUAUUCAGGGGUGCGCGGAGCAAUUAUGCGUGUGCGAAAUCCCGAAAUCUUCUACGCAACAUGGGCGUCAAGUGCUCCGGUUCAGGCACAGAUCGACAUGUCAGUCUACGCAAAUCCGAUUCAACAAAGUAUGCCUAACAACUGCUCAGCAGACGUACACGCGGCCGUUGCAUAUGCAGACAAUAUCCUUCUUCAUGGGACGCCAGAAGAGGCGUCAACUCUAAAACGGGCAAUCUACCUUGCGUCCAACAUCCACACUGAUCCGGCGAUUUUGGAGAUAAAUCAAGUCGAUGUUGACAGCUUGGACUAUUAUUCCUUGGCUGCAAACUUGUCGCACCCUUUCUAUCUUAACGGGUAUUCCUUUCAAUAUUACAAUUAUGCUGGGUCUUUGGGCGACUUCUGUGACUUUCUAGAGUCCUGGAAUCCAGAAACUGCCACCGAAGUUGACAUCGAUACAACGGGCAAAGAAUGGUUGAGGAACUCGGCCGACGGCGAUCUCACUACUGGUGGUGUUGCAGCCUCUUAUGGAGACGAACAAGCGUUUUAUGCUUUUCUCUCUGCCACUGCAGAUCAGAGUCAAAAUACCUCUCGUGGUAGUGAUGACUUCUCGCUACUAGUGGAUAACAUGUCAUGGAACUGGCAGUACUGUAGCGAGCUCGGAUAUUUCUUGGUCGCGAAUGCUUCUGACUCAACAAGUCUUAUCUCAAGAUUCCUUGACGUUCCUGGCCGGGCUCAACAUGAUUGUAAAGAUGUUUUCUCAUAUGCGCCCGACUUACCGGAUGUGGAUACCAUUUUGAAAUACGGAGGCUACUCUAUAUCCCCCACCAACACCCUUUUCACGAACGGAGAACGUGAUCCAUGGAGGACGUUGGGAGUUCAGGCCACCAAAGAGAUCAACCCCUCUGCAAGUAUCAGAGAGAGCACGAUAGAUGUGCCAGCAUGCAACGCUCCACCAGAAGGAGGUAAAGUUUUUGGGGUCAUCUAUUCGGAUGAGGUUCAUGGCUCGGAUAUGGCGAAGUCGGUCAAGGAGGUCGAAAGUGGAAAGGUUUCGCCAGCUGAUACCGGGUUCCACUUAUUCAGCAAAGCAUUAGAAAAAUGGCUGGAGUGCUGGAAGCAAUAG